AUGACUCUCAACCUUGACAAGUCCAGCUGCAUCACUUUCAACCGCAAUAAGUCUCCAGUCUUACACACCUACUCAAUCAGAGGUCAUGCACUUCAUAGAAGCUUAUCUGUCAAGAAUCUUGGUGUGACUUUAUCAUCUAAUCUAUCUUGGGAACUUCACAUCAGGAAUAUAUGCAAUAAGGCUGCUCGCAACUUGGGCUUGAUACUGAGACUCACCAAGCCCUUUAACGACAUUCACUCAUGGAAGAUUUUGUACUAUGCACAUGUCAGACCCCAUCUCGAGUACUGCAGCGUCGUUUGGUCACCGCACCAGCACUUCCUUGUGGAUGAUAUUGAGAAGAUACAGAGACGUUUCUUGCGACUUGUUGGGGUUCGUCUUGGUUAUAGAUACACAGAGGUCCCCAUACAAGAUAUUGCUACUUUCCUGAACAUACCAUCACUCAUUCAGGGUGUGAUGUUUCUCUACCGUUUGAUCAACGCUGAGUUGGACUGCCUGACCUUCUAG